CCUGGGAUGCCCCCCGGGGGCAGGAUGCCCAUGGCAGGGCUGCAGGUGGGACCCCCGGGAGCUCCCCCGUACGGAGCAGCGACCCCGCUGAGGCCCGGCCUGCCCCAGGCCAUGAUGGAUCCCUUCAGGAAGCGCCUGCUGACCCCCCAGGCACAGCCACCCAUGGCCACCCCCAGGAGAGGGGUGAAGAGGAGGAAGAUGGCUGAUAAGGUGCUGCCACAGAGGAUCCGGGAGCUGGUCCCAGAGUCCCAGGCCUACAUGGACCUCCUGGCCUUCGAGCGCAAGCUGGACCAAACCAUUGCUCGGAAGAGGAUGGAGAUCCAGGAGGCCAUCAAGAAACCCCUGACACAAAAGCGGAAGCUCAGGAUUUACAUCUCCAACACCUUCACCCCAGCCAAGGAGGAAGGAGAGGGGGGGGAGCGUGUGGCCUCCUGGGAGCUCCGUGUGGAGGGGAAACUGCUGGAGGAUCCCAGCAAGCAGAAGAGAAAGUUCUCCUCCUUCUUCAAGAGCCUCGUGAUCGAGCUGGACAAGGAGCUCUAUGGGCCAGACAAUCACCUGGUGGAGUGGCACCGGAUGCCCACGACCCAGGAGACCGACGGCUUCCAGGUGAAGCGUCCCGGGGAUGUCAAUGUGAAGUGCACCCUGCUGCUCAUGCUGGACCACCAGCCCCCCCAGUACAAGCUGGACCCACGGCUGGCCCGGCUGCUGGGGGUGCACACCCAGACCAGGGCCAGCAUCAUGCAGGCCCUGUGGCUCUACAUCAAACACAACAAACUGCAGGACAGCCACGAGAAGGAGUUCAUCAACUGCAACCGCUACUUCCGACAGAUCUUCAACUGUGUCCGCAUGCGCUUCUCUGAGAUCCCCAUGAAACUGGCGGGGCUCCUGCAGCACCCAGACCCCAUCAUCAUCAACCACACCAUCAGUGUGGACCCCAAUGAUCAGAAGAAGACGGCCUGCUAUGACAUUGACGUGGAGGUGGACGAUCCCCUCAAAGCCCAGAUGAGCAAUUUCCUGGCCUCCACCACCAACCAGCAGGAAAUCGCCUCUCUGGAUGCCAAGAUCCAUGAGACCAUCGAGUCCAUCAACCAGCUGAAGACACAGAGGGAUUUCAUGCUGAGCUUCAGCAACAACCCCCAGGAUUUUAUCCAGGAAUGGAUCAAAUCCCAGAGGAGGGACCUCAAGAUUAUCACGGAUGUGAUCGGGAACCCCGAGGAGGAGCGGCGGGCAGAGUUCUACCAACAGCCCUGGGCGCAGGAGGCCGUGGGCAGACACAUCUUCGCCAAGGUCCAGCAGCGCCGGCAGGAACUGGAACAAGUGCUCGGGAUCCGCCUCACUUAAGGCGCCCGGGGGCUGCUCCCGCCCCGCUGCCCGAGCCGGACGGUACCGACUGGAAACCACAGCACUUGCACAAACCCGAUGUGCCUGGAGGGAUGGGAGCCCCCCGGGGCUCCCCCGGGCUC